UUGGGGCGGGGAAGCCGCCUGCGCGAGGAGUUAAAGGCACCGAGCUGCGAUUUCCUCCGCAUCCUAGAGAGAAGCGGGAGCGCAGCGAACCUGGAGAGCUGGAGGGACGGUACACGGCGGCGGCAACUUCCUGCAGGCACCCCGACGCACACGCGCGCCUGGCUGUGCGCUUCUCCGGCCACCGGUUUAGGGGGUGGAGAAAGGGGCUGGGCCCCCGAGGUCGCGCCCCCUCCCACUCCCCGCCCCCCAGCGCACAGCCCCAUCCUCCCGGGAGAAAGCGCGCAGGGGAUCGGCGCCCGCCGUGCGCCCCGGAGGAGGAGCGCGCUGGGAUUCCCCAUCGUUAAACCCAACAUGAUCUCCUGGAUGGAGCAAAGGGACGAGCCGCGAGUCCUGAACCAGGACCUGGAGCGACGGCCAGAGGAAAGGGAAAGCGCAAGGGAUGCUCACACAGAUGAGGGAACAACCAGUGAGAAUGAGGACUGGGAAGAGGAAGAAACCCCGGUUGCUCCAGAGGACCCCAACUCUGAGGGUUCCCCCUUGGUUUCCGCCCCAGUCCUGGGCUGGGAGGAGGCCUGCGAAGUCCUGCAGGGGGGCGGCAGCAGCAGCGGCGGCGGCGGGGAGGGGGGCGGCAGCACCAAGGCGAGAGGGGCCAAAUCCGGCCGAGGGAGGCGCCCCUGGGGUAGCCGCCCCUGUCGCCGAAGCUACCGCCGCGUGGCGGCCCCUCCCACCCGCUUCUUUGACUGCACGGACUGCGGGAAGAGCUUCACUCUGAGCUCUCACCUGAUCCGCCACCAACGGGUGCACACGGGGGAGAGGCCCUUCGGGUGCCGGUCGUGCGCCAAGAGCUUCUCUCAGCGUUCGGACUUGGUGCGCCAUGAGCGCACGCACACGGGCGUGAAGCUCUACCGCUGCACGCAGUGCGACAAGUCCUUCUCUGAGAGCUCCCACCUCAUCCGCCACCAGAUCAUCCACUCAGGCGAGAAGCCCUUCAAGUGCAACGUCUGCGGCAAGCGCUAUGGCGACAGCUCCUACCUCACCGUCCACCAGAGGGCGCACACGGGGGCCCGCCCCUACCGCUGCGCCCGCUGUGGCAAGAGCUUUGGCCGCUCCUCCACGCUCAUCCGCCACCAGCGCGUGCACGGCGACCCGGCGCCCGCCCCAGGAGACAAACCGCGACCUCGUGGAAUCUGGACGGCCUUCGCUCGCCUGCCCAGCCCCAGCCCAAGCGAUGGGGACUCAGAACAAACCCUGUCUCCGCAGAGGUCGCCAACAUUACCCGGGCCUUCCCUCACGCCCUCCAUGCUGCCCCUGCCGUCUUCCCCUCGGAUCGACCCGCGCUCCAUGAGGAUUAUGGGGUGGCAGUGGGGCGUUGAAUAAAGGCUGGGCGUCUGGUCCGUACGAGACACAACAAUACUGGUGGCAACUGGUUUCUGGAAAGCGAGAUGAUUAAUGCAUGCGGCCACAGGAUUUGAUCGCCAAGAGGACAUCGGUCCUUGGGAGGAAAGAAUGGGUGAUGGGGGACUGGUUGCUCGGUCGCCAUGGUGACCGAAGAACUGGUGAUUUUACCACAGAGCGUUUAUUGACCACCAGGCAAAGAGGUUGGCUGUGGGCUCUUUGCUGAGGGCAAUUUGUUGUUGGGGGAGAAAUGGGUUAGGGGAGUGCGGUUCCCAACACUAAUACUUUGCUUACCAGAGCCAAUCCCAUUCCUGGAAGGGUAUUCUAGGGCGAUGCAUCUAUUACCAGGGCAACGGAGCUGGGUAGUUUGGUUACCAUGGGCGAUCAGUUGCUACGGAAAGGUGAAUUGGAUGGUGAUUCAGGAAGUUACAAUUCAGGUUCUCAAGCAAGCAGAAGGAAAACAGAAUUAGCUCUCAAUGAAGUUGAUUAUUUUGUUCACUUAUUCUGAUAAAGAAAGGCUGAGAUCAUGAGGAAUCCUGGGUUGUUAUCCAGAUAAUUAAGACAGCGGAGAUCUUAGUAAAUCACUCGUCAGAAGGGAAUGGUAAAGAUUGGUCAUGCCCUCGUUAUAAGCGGCCAGUUUCCAUGGUAGCCAAAGAAUGAUGGAUAAGUGGAAUCGGAGGCCGAGAGAUUUGACUAAGGAAGGGCAGCCCACAAACAUGGCAGCUGGCGGAGGGAGAAGGCCCAACAGCUUCAGGGUUGGGUUAGCGAAAACAUCAGUGUUUCUUUAUCGGGUAAGCUGUGUGAGAUAAGGAACUUAUCAAGGGAAGGGAAGUCCAAUUUGAAAGAGGUACAGAUGAGUUUUGCGGAGUCCCAUUGAUCGCAGUUGGUUGCUAGGAAGUGAGGAAACGGGCAGCUUGGGUGAUUUCAGAACUUUGGUUGCUAAGGAGUCAGGGACCAGCCACUCAGUUGCUAGGGCUUGUGGCUUGAAAGGGAGGAGAUUGGCAGAUUGGUUGCUAGGAGAUGGGAGGUAGCACAGGUGUGAGGAGAUGGGUGGUUUGGUUGCCAUCUUAGUCGUGUCCUCUGUGGUUGUUGUUUUUCCCCCAUUUAGGCAUCCCAAAAACCAAAACUCGUUAAGGUGUCCUCAAGCCUUUUUUCAUUCAGCCCGACAUUUAUUUUCUGGUCAGCAGGUAGACUGGCCAGACCUUCAAGCCUUGGUUCUCUGUUCCACCUCCAACUUCUUGCUGGGGCUCUUGGGAAAGGAGGAGGUUUGGAAGGCAGGAGGAUUUUUGGAUGGCAAAACGGACACUUCGACCAGGAGACAAGGCAGCCAUCUUGUGGCAGGAGAUAGUUGUAUACAUUGGGGCUGGAACCCAGGCUGGCGUUAAGUCAACUUUUCUUCACUGGUAAAUGUUCUGCCUGUUUCAGAGAAAGGUGUGUGGGUUUUUUAGGAAUUUCUCACUACUGUAAGAUGACAAAUGUAUUUAUUGGUCUUUGCCCUCCCUGCUCCCCCAUACUUCUGUCCUAAAAUUGUCUAAUUUAGACUCUAAGCCUGUUACAAGCAGGGGCCUUUUAUUAAACAAAUGAUUAUAAUACAAUGGUGAUGUCUGCAAAAAUCUCAUGAGGGGACUCUGUGGUGUAGUGGGAAGUAUUUAUUAUCAAAUAAUAAUAAUUACAAUAACAAUAAUAACGGUGAUGCUUUAAGAACAUCAUUGUGAGGGGACAAACCUGUGGUUUCAGAUACUGUUGGACUCCAACUGCCAUCAGCCCCAGCCAGCAUGGCUAGUGGAGGGCCAUAGGUACCACACCCGUGGCCUAGAUGUUGGGCUUCAGCUGCCAUCAUCCUUGACCAUCUAGCAAACUUACCUGUUGUCUCCCAAGUUUCAUGCCACAAAUAAAAUAGUUGAAGCAG